AUGACAAUUCCCAUCGAUGGAAUUCUGGGACCAGAAAACCGCGAGCAACUCACAUUUGAGCAAGAUCAAGCACUUGCUUCAUCACAGACGCUCAACGCUUUCCGAAUGCCAGCAGGAGACCAUGCAUUUCUAUUCGAUAUUCCACUUCCAUGCAAAAUACCAGAAACAGUCACGGGCCCAAUGCACCAGUAUCACACCUAUCGUGUUGAGGUCAUUAUCGAAAGACGCCUCAAAAGCGACUUUGUCGUCUCACAGCCGAUUAGGAUUUACCAAAUCUCUGAUUUUAACGCGAGCUAUCUAAGGCCGUACUGUCCACUGACUCUCGAAGGCCAGACGGAUCAGAAUAUCCAGUAUUGCGUUUCUAUAACCGAUCGAAAUAUGCCCUUCGGCUGUACAUUUCCUGUGGAAUGUUGGUUUGCACCACUGUCUAAAACCACCAAACUCAACAAUGUGAUAAUCAAAGUCAUUGAGAAACAGAUUGUGCGAUUAGAAGCUACAGCUUCCGAAUCAGUGCGACACAACAUACACUUCCUCACGGCAGCACAUAGUCAAACUGUAUUCUCUGAAAGUAUCUGUUUCACACAAAGCAGUCAGGAUCCGAAAGAUGACUUGGACAUUGAAUGGCGCUUCACUAAACAAGUUCGUUUACCACAAAGUUUGGAUGCCUGCUCGCAAAGUGUCUCGACCAAGCACAUCAAAAUCAGCCACGAGUUGGUGAUCACGGCACAGUUCGACGAUAAGACAGGGCCAAAAGCAACUCAGAUCAAGUCAAUCCUGCCAUUCAAGAUUCACAUGACUCCUCAUGUUAUCGGAGAGGAUGCAUCUGUCCAUGGCCAACAUAUCCAGCAGAUGCAGGGUACCAGUCGUAGUCCGCCGCCGGCUUAUUGUGAUCACUUCUCUGACCUCGUGAUUCCGACCGCGACCGAUGUCGACCUGUUUGAGCAUCCAAUGCUAACGGAGAUCAGUCCUACGCGGUCGGCGAGUGAGCAAAGUACCCCGAUUCUGGCUGUACCUCCCGCUCCACGUUAUGAGCAGCUCGCCUAG